CCGUCUCUCGUCGCAGUCUUCUCACAAUCAAAAUCAUAUGGCUCGGCUGAUUUGUUAUUGUCGAGUUGUUGUCACUGGUUUUUAACUGAAGGACUCGUUGUGGUUGUGCGCAAUUCGAUCCAAAUCAAUCUACAGGUCGUCAUAAGAUUGGUGAGGGAUCCGAGAAUUCCACAAAAUGGGACGCAUUUUUCUGGCCCAUAUCGGCGGAUCGAGGCUCUUCUCGUGUGCCUCCUGCGACACGAUUCUGACCAACAGGUCAGAGCUGAUCAGCACCAGGUUCACUGGGGCCACUGGAAGGGCUUUCCUGUUCAACAAGGUCGUCAACCUCAAUUACAGUGACGUGCAAGAUCGAGUGAUGCUGACCGGUCGGCACAUGGUGCGCGACGUCUUCUGCAAGAACUGCGACACGAAGGUGGGCUGGAUCUACGAGUUUGCCACCGAGGAGAACCAGCGCUACAAGGAGGGCCGCGUGAUCCUCGAGCGGGCGCUGGUCACCGAGACGGACGGCAUCGACGAGCAUGUGGGCCGCGACGACUGACCCGAGCACUCGCCGCGCGCCUCCAGCGCCUCCUCCCUCUGAUCAGACUGACGAAUCUCGAAACGCAGGCUAUAUAGUUCUAACGAAACAAAGAGCCGUGUUUUGAAUUUUAACUGUACUCGAGUGAUUUUUGAGAGUUUAAUUCUGACCAAAUUUCAAUUAUUUGUUUCUCCAUGUGACUAAAUUUCGCUAAUUUAAUUAGGAGAAUUUAUAUAACUGUCUAUAUGCAUAGCGUAGAAAUUACACGGCUCAACAAAACAAGCUAAAAUAGUUUCUUGCUACAAUCAAUUCUACUGUGAAAAUUUCAGUGUUUUUUGAGCUAUGCGUAAUUUCUAAGCUACCAAGAGGACAUAAAAAUAUCGUAUGAUUAAGAUGUACAUAAUUAGUUCGUAUAAAUGAUUUAUGCAGCCAUUAUUUAAUUUUGACGUGAAAAUGGUAGUCCUUGCGCUUGCUGGAAAAAUUAAUGAGUGAUCAAAGAUAGGGCUAUACUAGGGUGAAUGCUCCUCUAAAAUUUUAGUUCAUAAAAUUACAAAAUGAAACAUAUAUAGGUGAUCAAUAGGCUAUGUUGCCUCUCUACAAACAGAAAAUUGAGAUAUUUAUUUUUGCCUGUUCACCGUUUUUCUUUUUUCAUUCUUUUGGCAAGAAAAAAGUCCUUUUCUAAAUGUGAUCAAUACUAAAAAAUAUUAUAAUAGGUCACACCAAUGUUUGCGCUAAACUAAAGAUUCUGUCCAAAACAUUGUUUAGCAAUUCAACCUUUUUCACCGUUCCUGUGUUUCAGUCAGUUCCACAAAAUUGCCGCCUGUUUAGUCAUUUAAUUUUCGGACUUAGUUUCAGCGCAAUUUGUUUGCGCUAACUCAAACUGUGAAUGAAUUUGGGAAAAAAUAAUUUUGGCUUUGAAAAAAACGUUUGAUCAAUUUAAAUACUAAUUGAAAUAAAUUGUGAAAAUUCUGAUUUGCUUUUCAAUUUGCACUUAGUGUCAAGAAAGGAUUCAAAUAAUGUAGAUUUGUGAUGGUAAAUAAAUUGCACACUUAGUAUUGGUACCUUAA